AUGACAACCAGCGUAAUCACACCAAGUGGCAAGACGCUAGGAAGCCGACACAACUCGCACAACAACCUCGUUACUUCCGACAGCGUGUCUGACUGGCUUAACGGCUCAUCACACAACAACACCCCUAAAGGUCCGACCAUCAUGAACACACACGACAGUCUUCACCGUCAGGACAGCUUCGCCAGCUUGACGGAUGGCUUCGACAUUGUCUCUCCUCCCAUGCUGACCUGGUCCAACACAGCAGAGUCCAAGAUCAUAGGGCUCAACAGUGCUGAUGAUUACCUCUCCAACCUCGUCGAGCACUCGAUCGACCUCAAGUCAACAUUUACCUCGACACUACACGUCGAUGACUUCUUCCACGAGGACAUGUCCAACUCGAGCAGUCCCAAUAUGGGCACCACCACCAUUAACCUUCCCGGCUGGAACCACGGCCCCGAAGUGAUGGGCGGUCUCUUUGACUCGGACGUCGACUCUCCCGAAGGAAUCUGGUACGGCCAAACACAGAACAUCACUUCCAAAGCUGCUCGACGAGGACCCGAUAUGCCGAGCUUCUCGAUCAACAUCGAGCGAUCCGACUCCCAUACUUCGCCAGGCGCAUCCAACCCGGUCGGCUUCGAGACCCUCAACCCACCACCGACGUCCGGAAUGCCCGGUCUUCUCGGAGCACCUGCACGAGCCCUACGAUCAUCCAUCUCAGCACCUCUGCUGCAACGAGACGACCCGGUGCUCGAAGCGGCUGGAAGCCAGAACUUGAUCAAUGACUACCUAGUCGAUGUCGGAUACCCACAAGACCGCAUUCCCGACUCCAACGCCCUUGGUCUCGAGCUCGGCUCCCGAUCGAGUGCUGUGAGCAGCCCAGCUCAGGACACCGCCGUGCAAGGCACACAUACCGCUUCCAGCAAAGACAGCACACCUCUCGCAUCGGAGCUCUCAAGCGGCUCGUCCGUCGCACCGCAGUCCGCAUUGUUCCAGCGUCGAGCUGAGCAGCGUGAUCUUCUGGCUCCCUCGCCGGUGGCCGUACUUUCCGCCGACAACUCUCCCGCUCUUGGUGCUCAGGUCGUCGAAGUCGCCCCAACGGUCAAUAACGCAGCAGAAUCGAACAUCGACCCGAAGGACAUGACUGAAGGCCAACGACGAAGGCUCGCCCAGCUGCAUCAGAUUCACGUUGCACAACAGGCGGCGAGACUCGGCGUCUACCAGGACUUUGUCGCUCCAUCGCAGCAAUUCGCUGGCCAGGAGGCGAGCGAGCGCGCCGCCAAGUCUGUCCAGGCUGCUCUGCUGUACGGCAUGGAAGGCAACUCGCCACGAAAGCUCAGCAUGGGAUCCACUGGCUUGCCCACGCCGGUCACUCCGCAGCACCCUCUGCAGCCUGCGCCAGGCACGAUGGCGCAUCACCUCCAGACACAAGCCUACCUGACUGGCUACGCCGGCGCUGACUUGACCCAGAGGUCACCUGGCAUGCCCCUCUCCGCAGACUCGGCCAACUUUGCGCCCUCGAUCCAGAAUCAAUUCUCGAACCUUCACCUCGCUCAGCAGUCACCACAACAGCAGCAGCAGGGCAUCUUCACACCGCAGUUCCUCCACCAGAACGACACAACUCUGUUUGCCGGUGCAGGCAACGCGGCCUCGCAAGGCAUGUCAGGCUACACAUCCGUCUACCCGCCGGCACGACACAACAGCAUCAGCGGUAGUUCGAGUGCCGGCAACAUGCUUGGUCUGACCUUGACCGCGAGCGGCGUUGUUGGUGCGAGUGGGCCGCUUGGAGGGGACCAAAUGCUCAUGUCGAGGAGAGCCACCAUCGUUGGAGGAUUGCGGGCUUCCGAAUCGAGUCCUUCAUUGGCCUCUCAGAUCGCGGCUAACCCUAUGCAGCUUCAGAACCCCUUCGGACAGCAGCAGGUGCAGCAGCAGCAAGUCAUGGCAACGCUUGAGCCGGCCAAGCUCAUCAGCGCCUCGGGGACCGGACUGGUGCCGCCAGCAUCUAGCACGCCUCGAUCGGCACCGGCAGACGCAUCGAGGGAGCACCUCGCCUUGCAGCAGACGCGCAUGCGACAACUCCAGCAGCAGCAACUGCAGUUCCUCCAGAUGCAGAACCAGGCUGUUCAGCAGCAGCAAGCGGCGAGCAAGCAGCUGGGUGGGCAGGUCAUCACGCGGAAAGCGCCCAACAUGCUCUCCGCUCCCCUGAGCCCGCCUCGAUCGCCAGCUAAGAUGAAGUCGACCCCACACCUGCGCAGUCCGCUCGGGGGGAUCAUGGCUGGUCUCCCACCUUCGCCGUCCAAGCAACCCGCGCAAGGGUUGCGGAAGAUCGCCUCGAACCGACGCAUCACCCUCAGCGCUGGUACGGGCGGCAGCAGCACCGGUUCGUCCUCCUCCAGUUCGAGCUCAGCGGGUGGUCCGACGCUCAAGCCGCGCAGCAGCACCAUCGGUUCGGUGCCCGGCUUCACCAUGGAGCUGACCACCUCUGCAUCACCAACACGCGCACGAACCAUCUCGCACUCCUCCGUCGCACCUUCCCGCUCCAACAGCUCACCGGGCAAAUCCAAGUCGCCGCCCCUCCCUCCACUCCCCAGCAGCAGCAAGGGCUUCUCGGCGCUCUCAUUCGUCAACUACGGUAUGGAUGAUGCGGACGAGAUCUGUUCGGCUGUGGCGCCGAGUGGGAGCUACAAAGUGCCCUUGCGUGGGUUUGGCGCUUCCUCCGGCGAAGAAGACGAGUUUGAUGACGACCUUAGCGCCCCUCGUCCGCGCACCGCCUCGAACGUUACUGGCACGAUGGGAAGCGAUGAUGACGUGGAUAGCCCCGGCUCGACGUUUGCGUUCGGUGGCGUGCCAGGUAGCCCAACCAAGAAGGUGCGCAAGAACUCCAGUCGCCCAAACCUCAUCAUGCCAGGCAGCCCGCUCAAGAGCAAACGCAGCAUGGCCAAUCUUGGCGGCGCAGGUGGCAGGGCAUGGGAUUUGACUAGGUCGCCGAGGAAGACCAAAUCGACCAUCCUCAGCCCCGUCCCCUAG